UCUAUUUUCAUUAGCGUCAUUUGAACUUCAAUCAAACACAUGAUGUAGGCACGAGAGGACAAUGCACUGCUGAAACGGGAUGUAAAUUAUAGAGCUGAAGGAAGACACACAAAAGAAAUAUUAUUUCAGUAGAACACCGAAGAAUAUUUUCAUAACACACGUCAGCUCAACGAUUGAACAUCAAAACCUUUGCCUUUGGCUUUGGAGUUUAUCAUUCAAACAAGUUAUUGAAAAACGACCAGUUGGAAUAAAAUGUUGCUCAAAAUACUGCUGUGCUUCUCUCUUCUCUAUGGAAUGGUGUCUGCGGGGUAUUGGAAAAAAAUUGCCUCAAACCGUUGUAUUGGAGCAAAAAGUAGCCAUUACAAGCAGUUUCGCUACAGAGGACCAAGCAAGUUCAUUACAGCCAUGAAAAUGGUUCACAAAAAAGGGGUGAUCGGAUGCGCCAGUUGGGGUCGUUCAAAAUGGGGAUGCAACAAUCAAUAUCCCACGAAUAUUAUCGUUACAGACACAAGGAACAAACGCAUCUAUCCCUCGCCAACCUUGAUUAGCCUGCGUUCGGGUGGCUGGUACGACCUCCCGGGCUACGGGCCAAAUUCCCCAGAAAUCGUUUUCUCGGAUCCAGGAUUUCGCUAUCUAUACAACGGGCAAAACAUGAGAAUUUGGUACGGAGAAGAUCUCUAUAACUACACUGAACAUGACAACCACGGAUAUACCUGCAUGGAUGUAUAUGUUUAUGUUGCGAGCAUAUAGAAAUUGGUCUCAACAUUCUCCCCGAUUUAAUGGAAACGAUCGCUUGAAAAUCAUGCAUGGCUAAAUUAUAGAGAAACAUAAGAUUGAUAGUUGCUUUACGUUUGUCAUAGUCGUUCAGUUAUAUAUUCUGUAAAGUUUUUCGUGUAAUUAUGUUUUAGUUUAAUAAUUUUAGGUAAAUACAGCCACAAUGCAAUCGCUUUUUGUCUUGACGUU